AUGUACGGGAAAUUUAUUAUAUCGAGCAGUCAAGUGCCUGAUGAUGAUGACAAUCAUCAUGACGGUGGUGGUAGUAGUGGUGGUGGUGGUGGUGGCAGGAAUGGUGACUUUGUACUGCACACAUCUGGCAAACAGAAACGGGGGCAGCAAAUCGUUCAGAUCUACGCUCCAGUCAGCAAUUCUGAUGAAGAUGAGGCUGAAUGGUUAUAUGAAGAAGUCACUAAUGCCAAAGAUUUGGUCCGCGGCGGGUUCCAGCCGCGCCUUCCGACUUCGCUGCCGCCCCCAGGGCAGCAGCAGCAGCCGUCGCCGCUACCACGCCGACAGCCCGUCCCGUUGAUGCCUCCCGCGCAGCUUCAUCCGGGAGCGCCCCAGGUGGUCGCUCCGGCGCCUGCGGUCCCUCUUCAGUCGCCACCGCCUUCGGAGCUGAUGGACGUCGACCCCUCAGCCGGGCCGCCUUCCCAAGCGGUGGCUGUGCAGCCUGUCCUGCAGCCGCUUUCCUUGGGCACCCCCAAGGAGUCUGACACCGCAGCGCCUUGUCCAGCGCACACUCAGCAGCCGUCGACGCAGCGUCAGGAGACGCUGCCUCUCUUCGUGGGUCCCGACUCCCCGUCGCGUCCAAUGAGGCCGCCGGCCGGCCGGCGCGCAAUUACUUUGUCGUUAGUCAAGCGGCCCCGCGGGGGUUCCCGCUCGCGACGCAGCCUGCAGCCGCCGCUGCUUGUCCCACACCGCGAGCGAGCGAGCGUGGCCGGCGGGACGCUGGGUGCAUCCGCAGACAUGGCUGUGGCCGCGUUCAACUGA